GAGUGGACCAGAAACCCGACAUUAAUUUAGUCUCUCCACCCUACUUAGAUUUUGUUGCAGAUACCCAAUUCCUAUCCUCCAGUGAUGCCGCUUUCCAUCUCCUUCUCUUUCUCUUAAAUCUCAAUCUCUCUCUCUCUCUCCCUCUCCCAUCUCGACAAUCAUGGAUUCCUUGACUUUAUUCUCUCUCUAUUUUCUUCUUCCUCUCAUCCUAAUCCUCCUCUUCUUCCUCCGCUCCACCCACCGGAGCCGCCGCCUACCGCCGGGGUCCCUCGGCCUGCCCUUCGUCGGCGAGACCCUGCAGCUCAUCUCUGCCUACAAGUCGGAGAACCCGGAGCCUUUCAUCGACGAGCGGGUCGGGCGGUUCGGGCCCAUCUUCACGACGCACGUGUUCGGCGAGCCGACGGUGUUCUCGGCCGACCCGGAUACGAACCGGUUCAUCCUCCAGAACGAGGGGCGGCUCUUCGAGUCGAGCUAUCCCGGGUCCAUCUCCAACCUGCUGGGCCGCCACUCGCUGCUGCUCAUGAGGGGCAGCCUCCACAAGCGAAUGCACUCUCUCACCUUGAGCUUCGCGAAUUCGUCCAUUCUCCAAGACCAUUUGCUGCUCGACAUCGAUCGGCUCGUCCGGCUCAAUCUCGACUGCUGGACCGGACUCGUAUUCCUCAUGGACGAGGCCAAGAAGAUAACGUUUGAGUUGACAGUGAAGCAGCUGAUGAGCUUCGAUCCGUGCGAGUGGACAGAGAGCCUAAGGAAGGAAUACAUGCUGGUGAUUGAAGGCUUCUUCACCAUCCCUUUCCGCCUCUUCUCCACCACCUACCGCCGGGCUAUCGAGGCCAGGAGGAAGGUGGCGGAGGCGCUGGGUCGGGUGGUCAGGGAGAGGAGGAGGAGGAGAUCCAGAGGAGGAGGAGGAGGAGGAGGAGGAGAAGGAGGGGAUCAGAGGAAGAAUGACAUGCUGGGGGCUCUCUUGGACGAGGAGGGCGGCGGAGCAGGUGGCUUCUCCGACGAGGAGAUUGUGGACUUCAUGCUGGCUCUGCUGGUCGCCGGCUACGAAACCACCUCCACCAUCAUGACUCUGGCCGUCAAGUUCCUAACCGAGACCCCUCUCGCUCUCGCCCAGCUCAAGGAAGAGCAGGACGAGAUUAGGGCGAGGAAGGGUGAAUCUGAGGCUCUGGAAUGGAACGAUUACAAGUCCAUGCCCUUCACUCAAUGUGUUGUUAAUGAAACCUUAAGAGUAGCCAACAUAAUUAGUGGGGUGUUCAGACGAGCAAUGACGGAUAUUGAUGUGAAAGGUUAUAGAAUCCCGAAAGGAUAUAAGGUUUUUGCUUCACUGAGGGCAGUGCAUAUGGAUGAGGAUCACUUCAAGGAUGCUCGCUCUUUCAAUCCCUGGAGAUGGCAGGGUGGGGAUUCGUCGGCAGCUACCAACUCAGUGAACUUAUUCACACCGUUCGGAGGGGGGCCGAGGCGGUGCCCUGGUGCUGAGCUAGCCAGGGCUGAACUCUCUGUUUUUCUUCACCAUCUCGUCACUCGAUUCAGUUGGGUGGCAGCUGAAGAUGACAAGCUGGUGUUCUUUCCAACCACAAGGACACAGAAGCGGUUUCCGAUCAUCGUGCAGCGACGGAAUCAUGGGGCUGCACCGCCGCCUGCCCCUACCUUCCCCUUGUAAAUUCAGACUAGUAGUAAUUAAGAAGGUAGCAGCAAGCUAGCUAGCUAGGGAGCCAAAAUUUAAUUAAGGAGAAAAUAAAUAUUAUUAUUAUUAUUAUUACCAUAAUAAUAAUAAUAAUAAUAAUAAUAUAUUGUAGGAGGGAGAUCAGACAUAUAUAUAUAUAUAGUCUUUAAUUAAAAUGAUAAUGCAAUAAAAUUAAUGGGUAUA